UGCUGUGGCUUUUAAUGUUUAUGCUAAUAGCUUCAGUGGAGCUGAACCCAGCCCUUGAACCUCUCAACUGGUUGCUGGGUACCUGGGAGAGUGAUGAACCUGGACAGGGAGGCUUCCACUCCAGCAAACCUUUCAGCUACACAGAAAAGCUGCACUUCAGCCACAUGGGACAACCAGCAAUGCACUUCAUGUUCAAUGCCUCUCCUGAAGAUUCAUCUAAGCCUUCACACAGAGAAUGUGGCUUCAUUCGAAUGCAGCCAAAGACCAACAGAGUGGCUUUCAUUAUUGCACAGGACUCAGGUCUGGUGGAGAUUGAAGAGGGAGAGCUUACAGGGAAUCAAUUGAAUCUGCAGACCCAAAAGUUGGAAAGAAUCUCUUUUGCCAGCAAACCCCAUGUACAGCAGAUGUGUCGAGUAAUUCAGCUGCGACCAGAUGGGAAGCUUGAGCAGACUGUUUCCAUGGCUACAGACAAGCAGCCGCUGACUCAACACUUGCACAUCAUCACCUGCCAUCAGUUAUCUUAGUCUUCAAGCUGGCAG